AUGGGUCAACAGGUUAAAUUGCCCUCGAAGAUGAGGGCACCCGAUUCCUUCCGGAACCCCGAGCUCUGGUGUGAGUUCCGUCAUGACCAUGGUUACAAGACGGAAGAUUGCGUCGCAUUGAAGAUCGAAGUCAACGAACUACUCCAGAAGGGAUACCUUCGGGAGUUCCUCUGGGAAAAGGCGAAGAACCUCCUAAGCAAGGAGACAGCCAGGAAAUCUACUGAAACCAAACCCGCGUCACCGCCUCGACUGGACCAAGUGAUCCAUGUCAUAUCCGGAGGUUCGGAGAUAAGCGGCAUAAACCAUGCAGCUGCAAAGAAAAGCACUCGAAACGCCAAACUUGGUCUGGAGACGUCUAAAUCAACACGACUACUCAUGGGAACAGACGAGAUAAGCUUCACGACGAAGGAGCAAGAGAAGGUCCUGGCUCCCCAUCAUAACGCUCUAGUAGUAUCGCUUACCGUAGCAAACUGCUUGGUAAGGAGGAUCCUAGUAGAUAACGGAAGCUCCAGCAACAUCGUCUUCCAGACUGCCUAUCAGGACCUGGGGUUGGAUUAA